CUGAGACGAUCGCUCAAACCAGCCAGCAGCCUCGACUCGCCACACAUCUCCGCCACCAUGAACUUCGGAAAGCCACUCACUCCCGAACAGACUGCGGCCUACCUCCGCACCCUCCCCGCCAUCCGCGAGCGAUGCGGUCGUGUGCAUGCCCUCGCGAAGGAGGACAAGCUCGAGUACUUCACAUACCAUCCUGAGAAGGAGGCGGAUGUGGCGGCGUUCUGUGUGGACAUCAUGAAGCGUGACUUUGGGAACAACUUCGCCUCAAUCCCGCCUCACGGUCGAUGGCGGCACCUAGAUGCAGGUCGACCCCGUGUGGAGCCCCUCAUCAGUAAGUGGAAGGCGUCGGCAAGUCCUCCCGAUGACAAGGAGAUCACCAAGCGACUCCUUGACCUGUUCCUCGUAUCUGUCCUCCUCGACGCUGGCGCCGGGAACAGCUGGACCUACCAUGAAUCCGAGUCCGGUCUGAAGUUCUCCAGAUCUGAAGGUCUCGGGGUCGCCAGUAUCAACAUGUUUGAGGAGGGAUUCUUCUCCUCGGAUAGCCAGAACCCGCACAGAGUUGAUGCGGAGGGCUUGUCGCGCAUCACCCCAGAGCAAACUGCUUCUGCUAUGCAAGUGAGCUCAGGCAACCCGAUGGUAGGUCUGAAAGGCCGCUCGUCGUUACUUGUCAACCUCGCCGACGCUCUACGAGCAAAUUCAACAUAUUUCGGAAGCAGUGCGAGGCCAGGGAACAUUCUCGACUUCCUCGAGUCCGAGUCGAAGCCAGAGGGGCCAACGCGGAAAGUGCACAUCUUCUCUUUGUGGUCGGCUCUCAUCGAAGGCCUUGCGCCGAUCUGGCCCAAGACGCGGACAUCGCUGGGUGGUGUCUCACUGGGCGACGUAUGGCCCUGUGACGCGCUCAAGUCGACGGCGGUGGCGGAGGGAGACGAGCUCGUACCAUUCCACAAGCUUACUGGGUGGAUCACAUAUAGCCUUGUUGAGCCCAUCCAAAAGGUCCUAGGUUGGAAGAUCGAAGGCAUCGAGCACAUGACAGGGCUGCCUGAGUAUCGGAACGGCGGCUUGCUCGUUGAUCUCGGCGUGCUGCAACUGAAGCCGGGCGCUCUGCCCUCCUCGUUCUAUCCUGAUGCUAGUUCUGGCAUUCCCAAGCUGCCGCCUUCUCACCCAGCCAUCGUUGAAUGGCGUGCCAUGACCGUCAUUGAACUUGACCGAAUAGCUGAUGCUAUCCGCCAGAACCUUAGCCUGAGCCUGGCUGAGCUGUCGCUCGCGCAGGUUUUGGAGAGCGCGACGUGGAAGGGCGGGCGCGAGAUCGCGAAGCAGAAGCGGCCCGCCACGGGCGGUCCGCCGAUUGAUAUCGAAAGCGACGGUACGGUGUUUUGAAGCGGCUCGAGAACAUGGUCGGGCAACAAGAGCAUUACUCUGCUAUAAUGCAACUCGUAGGGUUCUAGACAGUCGGAGCUGUAUGCGACCCUCGGUAAAUCUGUGGUAAUUAUUGUAUAGAUGUGACGGCGACAUCAUCAACUCUUUUUAUCGAUACAAAUCGACUACGUUGGAC